AUGUUUAGGCUUUCUCCCACCGUAUUCACCAUAGGUAAUAGGGGAGCCUUUACUCUGAACUUAGGAGUCGGUUACCGCCGUUCUUUCCAUUCGAGGAUCCCAUCGCCAUCUUCAUGGUUCAGAAAUAGACAAUUCCACACCGCCUUCAGUCAUUUCAAAAGACUGUAUUGGCAGAGACCAGGUCUUGCUGGCCGGUUCCAGAGAAUCCAAUGGGACUCUUUGGCAAAGCCUGCCAUUUUCUCGGGAGCUUUCCUUCUUGCUGCUCCUCCGAUCCUAGACUUCACUAUCAAUAAGUCUACAUGGCUCAAACGCAAUCCUCAAGCCAUAGUAUACGCCAUUAUUGGUCUCAACACAGGCGUCUUCUUUGCAUGGCAAUUGCCCCGUUUCUCUCUCAUCUUGAGAAAGUACGGUCUUCUUGUUAACGAUAGAUUUUCAUCAGUGUGGUCUAUAAUAGGCUCGGGCUUCUCACAUCAGAACUUCACCCACUUGUUUUUCAACAUGUUCUGUCUUCAGUCAUUUGGCUCCACACUUGCUGUCGUUCUUGGACCAGCAGGCUUCUUGACAGCUUACCUUGGGUCCAUUGUUGCAUCUUCCUUCACUUCGCUUGCAUUCAGAACUAUCGCUAGACAAGGUGUCAGUGGCUCCUUAGGUGCGUCCGGUGGUAUUUUUGGCCUUCUUGGUGUUUUUUCAUAUCUAUUCCCAAACGCUAGCGUUGCGUUCUUUUUCCUUCCCAUUCCGGGUGGAGCUUGGUACGCUUUCUUGGGCUCCAUCGUCUUAAAUGCUGCUGGAUUCUUCACCAAAAUUCAUUUCGAUUACGCAGCACACAUUGGCGGCAGUUUAAUCGGUAUCUACUACGGUUGGAAGGCAAAGAAAGACAUUGCGAAAAGAAGACGCCAACGCUCCAUCUACUUUUAG